AUGAGGACGGCCCUUGUCAAGAAGGUGCUUGGCUUGCGAGAUCCUCCCAAUCUACGCGAUAAAAGGGCACUGCCUCACGAGGCAGAUCCAACUGUUCGAGAAUGGUUAAGCGACGGCAUUCCCUCCGGACAGCAGGUUGGACAAUACUUUGUGAGGCUGUUGCCCUUCACGAAAUGGAUCCAACACUAUAACAUCCAAUGGUUUCUGGGAGAUUUGGUGGCAGGAAUAACGGUUGGGGCUGUUGUGGUACCCCAGAGUAUGGGAUACGCCAAGCUGGCGAAUCUUCCGGUACAAUAUGGGCUCUAUACUUCUUUCAUCGGCGUUGUUAUCUACUGGUUGUUUGCAACGUCCAAAGAUAUCACGAUAGGACCCGUAGCUACCAUAUCAACAGUCCUCGGCGGCAUUAUCGUCGAUGUUCAAAAGGUCCACCCCGAGAUACCAGCUCUGCACAUCGCUCUAUCAAUCACUAUACUUUGCGGAGGCAUCAUCGCAUUUAUGGGCCUAGCACGGCUAGGUUUUAUCAUCGACUUUAUCCCCGUUCCAGCAAUUACAGCUUUCAUGGUCGGCUCUGCUAUAAGUAUCUGCUCAGGACAAGUCAAGGGACUGCUGGGCCAGACAGGGAGCAUCGACACGAGCGCUCCAUCGUAUCGAAUAAUCAUCGACACGCUGAAGUAUCUUCCCACCGCGCAAGGAUACGAUGCUGCCAUGGGUCUUAUCGCCCUGGCGGCUUUAUACGCCCUCCGAUCAGGCUUCAACUAUGGUGCCGAGAAGAAACCAAGCUUUGCCAAGAUCUUCUUCUUCCUUGGCGCUUUGCGCACAGUGUUCAUCAUCGCUCUUUUCGCUCUUAUCAGUCUUGGCAUCAACCAGCAUCGCCGCGACAAUCCCGCCUUUGCUUUGGUUGGAAAUGUGCCCAAGGGCUUCGACCAAGCGGGCGUUCCCGUACUCAAAGGCGAUGUCAUCAAACUCAUCGUCUCCCAAUUACCCGCCUGUGUGAUCUGUCUCCUCAUCGAGCACAUUGCCGUGGCGAAAACAUUCGGCCGUGUCAAUAACUACACGAUCGACCCCUCGCAAGAGCUUAUCGCCAUCGGCAUCACCAACCUCCUCGGUCCUUUCCUCGGUGCCUUCCCAGCGACAGGUGCUUUCUCCCGCUCAGCCAUUCAAUCCAAAUCGGGCGCACGCUCCCCUUUCACCGGCAUUAUAACCGCCAUCGUCGUCCUAAUCGCCAUGUACACUCUGACCUCUGGCCUCUACUAUAUCCCCAAAGCAACCCUAUCAGCCGUGAUCAUCCACGCAGUGGGAGACCUGAUCGUCCCACCCAACACGAUCUACCAAUUCUGGCUGAUCGCACCCCUGAGACGCCGUCAUCUUCGCCUCCCAAACAGCAUCUACGCAACCGUCUGCAUCUCCGUCGCAGUCCUAUUAUUCCGACACGCAAGAGCACCAGGCCAAUUCCUCGGGCAAGCCUGGGUAAACAACGAAAACAACCAAAUCCCUCUCUACCUACCCAUGGACGAACCAAAGCCCGACCCAUCCAUCAAAAUCGAAAGACCGCGCCCAGGCGUCUUCGUCUACCGCUUCGCCGAAGGCUUCAACUACCCCAACGCAAACCACUACUUCGAUACCCUCGUGCAAACAAUUUACAAACACACCCGCGGGACGAACGCAGAGAUAUAUGCGAAAAAGGGCGAUCGUCCCUGGAAUGAGCCGGUCUCUUCCAGUACGGAUGAUUCGCAUUUGCCGAUACUCCGAGCUGUCAUUCUUGAUUUCUCGGCUGUCAAUAAUGUCGAUGUAACAUGUAUCCAGAGUUUGAUGGAUAUACGCACCCAGCUGGAUCGUCGGUCUACGCCUGUUGCUGUGCAGUGGCAUUUUGCCAGUAUCAAGAAUCGGUGGACGAAGCGUGCGCUUAAUGCGGCAGGCUUUGGCUGUGCGCCAUUACAUGAUGCGAGUGAGAAGACUCCUGACAAGGAAGGAUCUUCCGAUGGGUCCUCGGAUAUAGAGAAGGGGAUGGAAAUGUCUGUAUCAGCUCAAGCGGCGGAUACCUCAAUGUUCGAGAGUUCAGCUCGGCCGUUUUUCCAUACUGAUUUGACGACCGCGUUGCGAAGUGUGGAUUUAUAUUUAGCCAUGGAUCCUUCAGUUUGA